CCAGUGCAGUAUCCCAUUAUUAUACCAACUAUGGAACCGUCCAUGACACAGCAAAGCUUGGUUUGGUAAGACACGGGAACAUUUCAAGGAGCCUUUCCAAGAUAGUCUCCGCUGCCAAACUCCAAGCAUCAGACCAUACAAAUACUUCAUUGGCAGUAAGUACAAAGUGGCCUUUGACUGGUGGUGUUCCUAGCCAACUUUUUGGCAUUGAAGAUUAUCAAGUUGAGAGAUUGUACAUAGCAGGUUACCAAGAUGGAUCUGUUCGAAUAUGGGAUGCCACAUGUCCUACUUUAUCACUUAUGUAUGUCAUUGAAUCUGAGGUGAAGGUUAUAAAUGUUGCGGGUGCAAGUGCAUCAGUAUCUGAACUGGAUUUGUGUUCUCUUACUUUGGCUCUAGCAAUAGGCAGUGAAUGUGGUACGGUACGUCUAUAUACACUAGUAGGCCAUAUGCGGGAGACAAGUCUGAACAUUGUAACGGAUACUGAUAAACAAGUUCAUAAUUUGCAUCAAGGGGAUGGGCCUCAGUGCACGGCUGUGUUUUCCCUUCUUAAUUCGCCUGUACGUGCUUUACAAUUUGCGGACUUGGGGACCAGGCUUGCCAUAGGAUUCCAAUGUGGAAGAGUUGUAAUGCUAGACAUUAAUAAAUCAUCAGUGUUAUUUGUUACCGACAACAUAUCCAACCCAAAUUACCCAAUCAGUUCUUUGUCUGUUAAAUCAUUCACAGAGGUGAAUCACUCCAUAAAUAGUGAACCAGAGGUUUCUGAAUCUAAGAGUCUAGAUUCUUCUCAAAGAUUGGCAGUAUUUGUGAUGACCAGGGAUGCACAUCUUGUUGUUUUGGAUGGCAGCUCUGGUCAUAUUCUCAUCUCUCAGUCAAAUCAUGGAAAGGAGUUAACUGCAGUUUCUAUGUACAUCAUAGAGGGGGGCAGUUUAAUCUCUGAUAUGCUUGGGGAAAAGCAUUCUUUGCGCUCACCUCAGGAUAGUGAAGCUGGAGAUGAGCCCUCUCAAACUAAUGCUUAUUGUGAUGAUAAUCCACUUGAAGGCGAACCAGAGGCCCUCGUAGCAACCAAAUAUUUUGGGGAGACUAGUUUACUUAUCUGUCUUGUUUGUGAGGAUUUGUUGCAGUUGUAUUCUUUGAAGUCUGUGGUUCAGGUGUAAUUUGUUUACAUAUUUUUCUUCUGAAUCUACAUAAAUACAUU